AAGGCAAAUUUGACUCCGAUUCAAAUUAUGAUUGCGGUGAGCACGUGGUGUUUGUAAUUUGUUUGACAGCGAGGUGGGGAGCCCGCGAGGGAUGACGAAAAUUACGCGAGAAUAAAACACAUCGUCUCUAGGGCUUUCACUUCAAACAAAAUGAAACACGCGCCAGUCGGCGGCCCCUUCGAGCACACGCCCGCCAUCUGCCCAGCGACUCGCCAGCACACACACCACUUCCACUGACGUUACCGACACCUGAAAAAAUCGUAAUACAAAGCAGUGAUCUUGUGAUUUUGGAAUAUUACACGCAUUUAAACGUAAUAUAGUAUUUGUAAAAAAAACCAUGGCGGGCCACCUCCUGCAGAGCCUGCUGGUGGUGUGCAGCUUGGCCGGCGUGUGCCGCAGCGGGACGGCCGCGGACAGCGACAACUCCCUCACCACUCCGGAGUACAUACUGCCGUGCAGCCGCAGCGACCCGCAGUUGGACUCGUGCGUGAAGCGGUCGUUCAACCACCUGCGGCCGUACCUGGCGCGCGGGCUGCCCGAGCUGGGCGUGCCGGCCGUCGAGCCGCUGCUCAUCGAGCGGCUCGUGAUGGCCAACGACGCCGGGCCCGUGCGCGUCACCGCCGCCUUCACCAACAUCACCGUGCUCGGCCCCAGCAACUACACCGUCACUAAGAUAAGAUCCGACCUGAGCAAGCUGCGCAUCGACAUGGGGCUGGUGCUCCCGCGCAUCGAGAUCACGGGCCGCUACGAGGUGUCGGGCCAGGUGCUGCUGUUCCCUGUGCGCUCCCAAGGAGACUUCUGGGCUGCAUUCAUCGAUGUGGCCGCCAUCGCAAAGGUGUUCGGCAAGGAGAUUGAGCGAGACAACGUCAAGUACAUGGCGGCUGACCGGCUCCUGGUGGACUUCAAGCUGCGGAACUCCCGAUUCAAAGUGCGGGACACCGUCAAUUAUGGAAGCGUCAUUGGCGAAGCAAUGAACCAGUUCCUGAACAACAACGCGGCGGAGAUCAUCGAGGAGAUGCGCCCGGCCGCGAGCGUGUCCAUCGCCAAGCAUUUCCAGGCCUUCCUCAACGCCGCCUUCACCAAGGUGCCCAUCGACGUUUGGCUCAAACCUUAAUGAGCGACGCAAUUAUGUCAAUAGAACGACAUUUUUUGUUUUUAAGUUUUCACGUGACUGAAGUGGCUUCAGUUAUUUGGCUUUAAGGGGGCAUGACAUGAGUUAGUUACCUAUUGUAUUGUAAUUUUGUAGGUGUCCAAGGAGCAAUGUUCUGUAAAGAAUACCGAACGAUCGCUUUGGAUGAGAAUAUUUUCUCCUUUAUUUUUUACAAUAUUUCAUAUGCUAAUGGAAAUUUACAGAUUUAAAACUAUUGAAAUCUGAGAAAUUUUCUGUAGACGCUAGUCCAAAGAUGAUUUUAUAUCUUUUCGUAAUAUGUGAUUAGUAUUGUAAGUACCUACUUCUAAACAGAACAACAACAGAUUUGCAUUUUUAUCUGCCGUUAUUUCAGAACUUAAAACUAUUCACUUACAAAA